AUGGGUCGCUGGGCUCCCUGGUCCCUCCUGCUGGGGCAGCUUGCCCAGGUGCUGUCACAACGGCAUGUGCGAGUGCCUACGGCAGAAGUGGCGCCCGGUGUCAGCAUGCCGGUGAUGUCCAUUGGAACCGGCGGGCUCGAGAGCCGUGCCGCCACCGAGAUCGUGAGCAACUGGCUCAGCCUGGGGGGCGAGGGGAUAGACACCGCGAAGGUCUAUCGGGACCAGGACGUUGUGGCCAAGGCAAUCAAGGAUGCAGGAGUUGACCGGAAGAAGCUCUUCAUCACAAGCAAGGUUCCGGGUUGCAUGAACGUGAGGGCAAAUGUGGAAGACGACCUUCAGCAGCUCGGCACCGACUACAUCGACCUGUUGCUCAUUCACUUCCCGCAGCCGUUCUUCAUGUGUCGCGAUGCGUGGGCAGUUCUCGAGGAUUUUCACUCCAAGGGCAUCCUGCGUGCCAUUGGCGUCAGCAAUUUCAAAAAAACAGACCUAGAGUCGCUGCUGAAGAACGCGACGGUGGUGCCCGCCGUCAAUCAGAUUCAGCACAACGUGUUCCACCACGACGACGAGACCAUCGCAUUCGCACGCGCUCACAACAUCACCAUCGAGGCAUACUCGCCGCUCGGACGGAGCAACAGCUCCGAGGUAACGGGGAGCCCCGUCGUCCGCGCGGUCGCCGACAACCACAACGUCACCUCUUUCCAGGUUGCCCUGAGAUGGAUCUUGCAGCACGGCCACCUGCUUACGUUCCAGUCCACCUCGACGGCGCACCAGUCUGUGGACGCAGACGUCUUCGACUUCGAGCUCACGAGCGAGGAGAUGGAGCGCCUGGACCAACUGCAGGGGCCCGCGCUGGCCCAGCAGGCGCUCGUCGUGUAG